AGAUUGCACUAGCCAAAGCAAAGGGAGGUAAGGGAGGAAGUGGCCGAGGUUGGGUAACUAGGGGAUUUCUUAUUCAGUUUAGUAUAAGACCAUGUCUCGAAACCUGACUGUCCACCAGAAAGAAAAGACUGCUCUUCAAAUGAGUUGGACUUCUCUCCACUGGAGUGAGAACUGAAGACUGGGAGACCCAGCCUCCAUCAUGCAGAACAACUCCGUCACCAACUUCUCCUGCUACCAUGAGUCUGUAUUGGGCUAUCGUUAUGUUGCAGUUAGCUGGGGGGUGGUGGUAGCUGUGACAGGCACCGUGGGCAACGGGCUCACCCUGCUGGCCUUGGCCAUCCUGCCCAAGCUCCGUACCCGCUUCAACCUGCUCAUCGCCAACCUCACAGUGGCUGAUCUGUUGUACUGCACCCUUCUCCAGCCCUUCUCUGUGGACACCUACCUCCACCUGCAGUGGCGCACUGGUGCCACCUUCUGCAGAAUCUUUGGGUUCCUCCUCUUUGCAUCCAAUGCUGUCUCCAUCCUCACCCUCUGCCUUAUUGCCCUGGCACGUUACCUCCUUAUUGCCCACCCUAUGCUCUUUCCCCAAGUUUUCAGUGCCAAGGGGAUACUGCUGGCAUUGGUGAGCACCUGGGUGGUGGGCAUGGCCAGCUUUGCCCCUCUCUGGCCUAUCUAUACGUUGGUGCCUGUAGUCUGCACCUGCAGUUUUGACCGCAGCCGAGGCCGGCCCUAUACCACCAUCCUCAUGGGCAUCUACUUUGUGCUGGGGCUCAGCAGUGUUGGCAUCUUCUAUUGCCUCAUCCAUCGCCAGGUGCAGCGAGCAGCACAGGCGCUGGAUCAGUACAAGCAGUCCAGUGUCCAGUCCAACCACGUGGCUGAGACAGAGGCUAUACCCAGUCAUUUCCAGGAGCUGGACAACAAGCUGGCCUCAGAAAGGCCCAGUGAGGGGAUUUCGUCAGAGCCAGUCAGUUCUGCCACCACCCAGACCAUGGAAUGGGACUCAUCAGAAGUGGGGAACCAGCACAGCAGGGAGGUAGCUAAACACAUGGCAGAGAAAAGCCAUCCAGAAGCACCAGCCGAGACCAGGCCAACUAAAAGAGCCCAGAGAACUCAGGAACCCCCAUCAGAGUUUGGGAAGGUGACUCGGAUGUGUUUUGCUGUGUUCCUCUGUUUUGCCCUGAGCUACAUCCCCUUCUUGCUGCUCAACAUCCUGGACGCCAACACCGCCGCUCCUCGUGUUGUCCACAUGCUCGCUGCCAAUCUCACCUGGCUCAAUGGUUGCAUCAACCCCGUGCUCUAUGCAGCCAUGAACCGUCAGUUCCGUCAAGCCUAUGGCUCCCUCCUAAAACGAAGGCCCCAGAGUUUCCGUAGGCUCCAUUAGAACUGUGUCCCCAGUCACCAGAAUCCAAGAAUGAUGCCUCCAGAACUAAAGUGGCCAGCUGGUAGGGAGUAGGUGAAAGUAAGACCUGUGGGCAUUUUCACAGACAACUUUCCCCCCACUCUCAAACCAGGCUUCUCCAUCCCUUGAUCAAUGCUUCAGCUCUAGAUUGCCCAAGGUGCAUUAUUAUUAAUAAAUGAAUUCUAUCCUUUUAA